CAGGUUAUAGAAAAACUGUCACUAUAAAUCACAACAGUCAUUAAUUCAUUUCGUCCAAAUCAAUCGUAAAUUUUCAUAUUGAAAACCAAAUUAAAAAAUGCAUAGAAGUAUCGUUAUUCCCAAAGGGACCAUUAGCCCUGAUAAAACUACAGUCAUCAAAGUUCCAGUGACAGCACCCGAAAACACUACUCCACUUAUAGUUGUUAAUAAGCAAUCUCCUAGAUAUAAACCAUCAGAUACGCAAGAAUUUAAUCCACAACAAACUCCAAUACCCCAACAAUACUCCAAUCAAACUCAAAUGUAUCAAUCUCAAAGAAGGUAUCAACAAGAUGAGACAUAUCGUAAUCAGACUGCUCCAAGACCAAAUAUGAAUCAAACAAACAAUUCGCCUUGUGAUUGUAAUGCCAAUAAAAGUCCCGCAGUACAAUCCCCACCACCGAACACAUCUAACAUAGUUGCUUAUUGUACCGAUAAAAUUCCCGAAGCUGAGGAUGAUGCUUUGGAGUGUGAAUGCAACGUUGACAACGAUGUACCCGAAGUUAACGACGACGUACCCUACACCGAGAAUGAUGAUUCGUCGUGUUUCUGUGACGAUUACUCCAAUUGUAAAUAUGAAACCUCACAAAGUCAGUAUAAUCCCGCAUCGUCGAAUGUAAAUGAUUUUUAUAAUGGGACACCCGCUCAACUUAAUGACGUCGACGAUGAUGCUACUAAUUGUCAAUGUAGCGAUUCCGCACCUUGUCAGACUUAUUCAAACCCGCAGGAUACGUAUCAAUACCCAGUUGGUCCUUCGAAUGAUUUUGAUAACUAUUCAUCGUUCAUGAGAGGAUUGGAAAGCGGAUAUCCGACAACAAUGAAUCAACAACCUCAAAAUGGGAAGUUAUGUACAUGUAAUAGUGAACCAGAAGAGACUUACCCUGAAGACGACGAAUUAAAUUGCCUGUGCAGUCCUCAAUCGCCUUGUAAGGUUCCCGAUAUUGAAUACGCCGAAACUGAAGAGCUCGAUUGUCAAUGUAGUCCUCAAUCACCUUGUAAGGAUACCCAAGGACAAUAUGAUAGUUUUCAACCGACAACUAGCAACAGAGCACCAAGUUUCAGUCGAAUACAAGAUUCGCAAUAUCAAAAUGAUUACAAUGAUUUCGUGAAAGGACUAAACUCAUCGUUUGCACCUCCACAAACACGAGGUGCUAAUUCAACGUUUGCACCGCCACAAGGAGGGGGCUUCAAUUCAACGUUUGCACCGCCACAAACACGGGGUGCUAAUUCAACGUUUGCACCGCCACAAGGAGGUGGCUUCAAUUCAACGUUUGCACCGCCUCAAGGAGGCGGUUUCAAUUCAACGUUUGCACCGCCACAAGGAGGCGGUUUCAAUUCCACGCUUGCGCCGCCACAAAGACGAGCUUCUAGUUCAAGUGCCAAUAAUCGAUCUCCUGCGGGAGCUACAAGCAUGCAGGAAGGAAGAACUUUUAACCCAGCUACAGGUAAAGAAGAAAUUAUCUGUCCGGUUUAUCUGGAUUCUAUUAACGAAGAAGAAGAACAUCCAAGUGACAAUCAACUUAACCCGAACAUGAAAAUAAUAAACGUAAAUUCUCGAACGUAUACCCGAAUCGAUGACGGUCCUGUACAAGGAAGGACAUUUAACUUUGAGGAUCCGGAAAGGAAGGGUGUGUCGUCGAAUGUAUUCGACCAAUUGGCUAAAAGUAUUUUGGAAGAACCGCCCGAAGCCAACGGACAAGAUACAUUUAGGACAAUUUGUACUGAUAGGGAUGAUCUAUUAAAUCCGAAUGACAAUGAGGGCGAUGAAAGGAAUAAAAGAUGUAAAUAUGAAACUGUGGCAACCCCGCCAGGUGUUCUUGCAUUUAAAACUACUAAAUACAGUCAACAAAGAUCAAAAUCGAAAAAAAGAACGAUAAUUAUACCCAGCGGUACUUUAAACGAAGACGAAACCACCAUAAUACACGUACCACGAAAACUGAACACAUCAGCCCCUCUGUUAGUAACUAAUUACGUAGAUGAUACUUAUUUGAAAGUACAAAGUCUUCCUAUUUGGAACGACGAACUCGACGCGGAAGAUAUUUGCUUCCCAAGCGAAUAUUGGAAUGUGGAAGGAGCCGGUUGUACUGAUAAAGAAACAAUAUUCACAACUCUAGUACCACUAAAAGAGCCAGGUCAAGAUUGUACAGAAACUUCCGAAUAUUUGAAUUAUGAUCAUAAUUUAUUAGUCACUCCUGAUGUUCCCGAAGAGGAAGCGGAUAUUUCUAAAUUCUGCCCACCUACUUGUAGUACUUUUAGACAAGGAGCUAACGGCUUUGAUGAUAUGAAUCAAACUGGGCGAACUUCUCAGCAAGACACUACUCAAUCGAGCACACGAACAGAUGGACCUCCAUGUUGUUUUGAUACUACCAAUCCUAAUAUAACUUACGAUUUCAGACCCGUUUUGGAAUUUGACAAAAACUACAGAAAUCUUCUUCGUAAAAGUUUACAGCAACUUCCAUUGACAGAAAAUUUCCACAGUUUUAGUACAAAACUUCCAGAUUCUAGACUGAAUCAUUACACUUUUGUGUUAAAUUCCAAAUCGACAAUUCCACCCCAUAAGUUCUACAAAUAUGGAAUUGGAAUAAAUACUAAAGUCCGCAUGGCAUCACAAGAAACUCCUGCUGAAGUUGACGAAACAGAAGGAAACGAAGAAACGUAUCAAAGAUUUAGUAUAACUAGAGUUUUAAUUAAACCAGGAAAAUCAUUGACUGUUAGUACAGAUGCUAAUAUACCGAAUAGAUUACCAAUAUUACCCAAAAAUCCGAAAGCGUACACCCCAAUGCCCUAUAUUUUCAGAGUCCCCACAACUUCCACCCCUACGAAAGUAGUAAAUCUUUCAGCUAGAAGUCCCCCUUUUCACGUUUUAUUAGAUCACACAAUAGCUGUGGUCUGGUUGCUAUUCGCUGCAGGAGAAUACGAUUGCCCCUUAGGUAUAAAUCAAUUGCAAUGGGCGUUAGCAUUUCUAAAAACCAUUCAAUGUCGAACUGGAGACUAUUCCAAAGACAUAGAAUUGUGUAUAAACGCUUUGGAAAACAUCCUAGUCACGCAAUAUUCAGAUUUGAUCACUGAAAUUGGACCUGCUACACGUUUAGACGAAACUAUACAUUAUGGGGGAGGCGCAUUAGGUUCAAGUACAAUGGUAACACAAGAAAUACCAUUUUCAUUAAAUUACUCCCAGUUGAUAACGAAGAGUCCUCCAAAUGUAUACGUAUCUGGAUCCACUCAACCCAUGUCCAUGACUUCUAUAGAAUGCGAAGAAGCCUUAGAGAAUCUCAAGAAGGCUGCAGGAGUAGAUUCCAUUGAAAAUCUUGAUUCCGUUUCAAGAGAAAAGGCUAUAAACGUAUUACGCAUGUGGAAAUCGGAUCAAGUUGAAAAGAUUCGCGGGGAAUUGAGAAGACUCCGUUCAAUAGAAGACAAAAUGAAAGAUAUAGAUUCAAACUUUCCGGGGUACAUGGAAGAGAAACCUGAAAUGUUGAUUGGUAGAGACUAGGCGAUUAUUUCAUUUUGUUAUCUACAAAAUACUCCAUUAAACUUUUUUCUUCCAAUCA